GUCUGCCUACUUCGUUCAUCAAUAUGUGGCUCCACUCUUUUCGGCACGUGUUCUUCUGAACUGUUCCUCAUUGGUCUGGUCUCGGAAAUGGGUCGUGGUAACAGCAUUGGGACAGAAAAUGUCCAGUGUGAUCAAAUUCUUCCCCUAAAAAUCCCAUUACUGAAAAAUGUUAAUAAUAACAAUUAUAAGAAAUGUACCAAGGGACCAGGACAGUGUAAGCCUGAAGAUCCCAUCCAAGGUACAAGAAACAUCAAGUUGUCUGCCAAGUCUAAGACUCUAGACAUCCAGAAUGGAAAUAUAUAUGAGUUACAUGAGCAAAAUUAUGGCAACAUCUCCACCAAAACAUCUAACCAGCUGGUCGCUGACCACAUAUCUGGGACCUUCCAGGUCACCAGCCAACAAAAUAAAGCAAAGACAAAUGUGGGAAGCAGAAAGGAAGUUUUUACAUUCUGGUCAACAAAGGUUGAGAUUCAAGAAAACCCAAUGGCCAAGUCUCCGAAAACAAGUGGAGAUUACAGAAAUGUUACCCCUAAGAAGCCUGCUGUCAGUCCUACAGACAAGACCAGACCUUGUGAUCUCUGUAAGAAGCCUCAAGCUACAACCCCCACUAAGAGGAAGAAAAGACAAGAACUGUUAUCUGCAAUGGAUUUUACCCACAUUGAUGAUCAUGUUCUGUCUGUGAGCAGCCAGAUCACAUCUGGAAUUAUGUCUGUACAAGAAAUCGUACAAAAAAUCACAGCCAGAUCCGAAAAUGACUUCGAGAAAUUACGGGCAAUAUGGAUGUGGAUUUGCCAUAAUAUCAGUUAUGACGUAGAAGGAUUUCUUGGAAAUUCGGAGAAACUGUACAAAACGGAGGACGUUCUGGAGAAGAAGAAAGGUGUGUGCGCUGGGUACGCAGGGCUGUGUAAAGAAAUGUGCAGGGAGAUGGGAAUAUCCUGCAGAGAGAUUUCCGGGUUCAGUCGCGGGGCCGACUCCUGUGACAGCGUCAGAUUCCACAGGACAAAGUCCAACCAUAUGUGGAACGUGGUGGAGCUGGAGGGAGAAUGGUACCACCUGGACGCCUGCUGGGGGGCCGGUACUGUGGACCUUCAGGAAAGAAGAUUUAUACCAAGAUAUGAAGACUUUUUCUUCCUCACAGACCCUGAGGAUUUCAUUGAAACUCAUUGGCCUGAUGACCCAACUUGGCAACUGCUCGACUCCAGAGUUUCUUUUGAAGAUUUUGAGAAAAAAAUCUUCAAGACUUCGGAGUUCUUUAGGUUCCAGCUUUUCAUCAUCUCUCCAAAAGUUUUCUACCUCACAACAGUAGACGGCGAAGUCAAAAUCUCACUUGGCAGCUCACACCCAAUGGAAUAUAGUUAUAAGAUCUACAUGCUCUUCGAUAACACUAGAACUUUUGUAGAUAAGACCUUCGGGAUACUCUCCAUCCAAGAGUCCCUUAUGACCCUACGAGUUUUUCCGCCUUCGCAUGGACAGUACGAGUUGAUGACAUUUGCCAGGCCUGUGGAUGCCAAAUACCCAUACAAGUGGGUUUGCUCCUAUCAAAUUGACUGCCCUCAGCCAAAAACUUCUCUAAAGUUGCCUGAAAAUCCAUAUCACUAUUGGGGAUUAAAUCACAAAGCAAAAGACUUAGGGGUCAUCAGCUACAACUCAGGUGAGGACCUUAUUUUGGCUCAGGUCAGCUCCCUCAAGGUUACUUUUAAGACAUCCAGACCCUUGAUGGCAACGUUCCAAUUUACCCAUCCAGAGAUGUCAGAGCCUCUCAGUAAAAAAUGUCUAGCCUCUCAGAUAGAGGAUGACCAGCUGGGAUGCUGCCUUCUCCUGCCAUUCAGUGGAUACUAUAGAUUGUCCUUGUUUGUCAAAGACCAGGAAGCCAAAAACUUUCAGAAUGCGGCUAACGUUUUGAUAAAAUGCAAUAACCCAAUAAACCAUAAUGAACUGUUCCCACCAAAUCUUAGUGUUCACUGUGGACCUGGAAGCAACUCGAGACGUCUUGGUCUCACCAAUCCUAGCCAUACGUCUCCAAUCAUCACUACAACCACUGGUAAAUGUAACAUCACCUUCCAUACAUUGUGGGACUUGGAGCUAUAUCCCAUUUUGGAGAGUAGUAAAGUGUCUAAUGGCUUGUGCUCUCUGGACCGGCAUUGUUUCCUUACCCAUCUGGACCAUAAGUUUAGUUUGACCGUCCAUCUUCCGGAGUCAGGACAUUACAAACUGAGCAUUUUUACCAAACGUCAAGAUGUCCAAGAAGAGUUUUCACAUGCGUGUGACUAUGUCAUUGACUGCUACUCCAACAAGAACUUACUACCCUUCCCAAAAGUGUAUAGUGCUUGGGGACAUGGCUGUGCCUUACUGCAGCCACGAGUUGGACUCCUUCCAGUUGAAAGUUGGGAAAUAUUUAGAGUCAAAGUUCCUGGUGCAUGUAAAGUCCUUGUCAUUGGUCCCAUGAAGACGGAACUUGAGCUCACCAAGAACAAGAUCUGGGAGGGGAAGGUUUUCACGGGCACUGCUGGGUCCAUUAUUAAAAUAGCUGUGAAAGUUACUCCAAACUCUGCUACGAUGGACAUUGUGAUGUCAUUUAAAACCCAAAAUGAUGGACUAGGUACAUCUUCAGGCUAGCAAACAUGGUGGCAUCUAUGAAAAGUUGGAAAAAUAUAGCCUAUUUGUUAUUUUGUGUAUAGGCUCUUUAUAUCAUGUCACCAUACAGUGCCAUGCGAAGUCAUUUGUGGGUAAGAGGUAGACCCAUAUGUAGCUUUUGCAUCUCGGCCCAUGACAACGUCUUAGAUUAAAGACAGAAGGGCAAUCUGGUUGCCGUAGGUCCAGCCUCAAAAACCAUGUGGGUUGCAAUGAGAAAUGAAGUACAUCUAUCAUCAGAUUAGAUCUGCUUUUUGUAAGCUGCAGUUUGCACUGGCUCAGUCUAAAUAAGGGAGAGCCCAGUGCUGGAGAGAUGGGGCAUCACCCAGUGGGUUUUCUAUUUUGCCCCCUCCAGAUGUUAGUCCAAUCUCUAGUUAAUAGAGGUAAGUGACAUAUACGGUAGUUAAUUUUCAGGGGAGGUACUGAUUCUCAUUGAGGAGACUGCUUUUAGGCAAUGCUUCAUAGGAAAACAGUAUGCAAAUUAGCUCUCCUUUAAAAUAAAAUGGAAUUUCCUGUUUCUUAUCAUUUUGAAGGAAAUUCUGGUUUGGCUCCUUUUUUCCUUUCCCUUUCGCCUUAAUUUUUCUUUCCUUUCCCAUGCCUUUUCCUUUCCCUUUCUCAUUACUUUCCCUUUUUCUUCUUUUCCCUUCCUUUUCCUUUCCCUUUCUCAUUUUCCCUUUACUUGCCCUCUCUCCUUUUCUCUUUCCUUUUUUCCUCCUUCUUUUCCUUUCCCCUUCUCCUUACUUUCUUUCUCUCAUCUUCUCUUUCAUUUUCUUUUCCCUUUCCCUUCCCUUUUUUCCGUUUCCCUUCCUGUCCUUCCCUUUUUUCCGUUUCCCUUCCUGUCCUUCCCUUUUUCUAGUGUGUUACACAAUAGGCCAUUCUAGCCAUUUUAGUGAAAAUUUGGGGAAAUACCUAAUCGCCAAACUAGCAUGUAGGUACAAACUUGUUCAUCUUUAUUAGAAAUUGGGGUCUGUUGGAAUCAGAUCAAUGGCUCACGAUGAGUGUUACACUGUAUGUCCCCCAUGCUUUACACUGCAGCUCUUCCUAUACAGAUUGGCUAGCCAGUGCAUGGAGAGCACUUAUCAUCUAACUUGUAUUUUGAUUAAAACUGCAGGAAAACAAAACCUUUUUUUGGAUUAUUAAUCUACAUGAGAGAUUGUAGAA